GUUUGCAGGCUAAUGCCACUUGAGAGAAAUUAAAACACAGCUUUAUGCACAGCAUAAACAUACAAAUUGGUUCAUUUAAAGCACAUGUGGGAUAAGACCAUCAGGAAAAUAUGGGAGAAAGAAUGACACAGGUGGAAACUGCCAAGGAAAUGAAAAAAGCUUUCUUGCAGGCUCUGCAAUCAAAUGACUACAGAACUCUGGAGGAAUUUCUGACCCAAAAGAAAGUAGAUGUGGACACUGUGUUUGAAGUAGAAGAUGAAAACCUCCUUUUGGCCUCCUACAAACAAGCAGGGUAUUGGCUGCCUAGUUACAAACUCCAACAUUCCUGGGCAACUGGACUACACUUAUCCGUUUUGUAUGGACAUCUGGAGAGCCUAAGGGUCCUGCUGAAACAUAAAGCCACAAUCAACUGCAGGCCCAAUGGGAAAGCAGCAAUCCACAUUGCAUGUGAAGCGGCCAAUCUGGAUUGUGUCAAGAUCCUUUGCAGUCAUGGAGCAAAAACCAACUGCUAUUCCCUGAGCGGGCUUGCUCCCCUUCAUUUUUGUACGACAAAGCUGUCCAUGUCUUGUGCACAGCAGUUAAUCUGGAGAGGUGCAGAUGUGAACAUAAGGACGAACAAUCAAGAUGAGGAAACUCCCCUCCACACAGCUGCCCGCUGUGGUAUCCCUGAGAUGGUGUCCUUCUAUGUAGAGCAUGGAGCUAUGGUUGAUUGUGGAAACGCUCACAGAGAAACACCUCUGGCUUGUGCAGUGUAUUGGGCCCUCAACAACGCAGAACAGACAUACAGCACCAAUCACCACUUGAUUUGUCGGAUGUUACUUGACUACAAUGCUGACUUCAAUUCGCGGGAUGAGGAUUUCAGAACGCCACUCCAUAAGGCAGCCUGGAACUGUGAUUAUGUGCUGAUGGAGAUGCUUCUUCUGGCUGGAGCUGAAGCCAACUUCAUGGACGACAAUGGCUGCGCUCCCUUGCAGUAUGUCCUGAAGGUGACCGGGGUGCGUCCUGGUGCGCAGAUGGAGCGUUGUUACCAGCUGCUUCUAAAUUUUGGGGCUGCCAGGAUAUAUCCUCCACAGUUUCACAAGGUUUUACAAGCAUGUAGCUCUUACCCCAGAGCAGUUGAGGUUAUUGUGAAUACAUAUGAGCAUAUUAAAUCCACAGCAAAAUGGAGAACAGCAAUACCUGAUGAUGUCUUUGAGAUGUACAAGGAUUUCUACGAGUCUCUUUUGGAGACAUGCACAAAUACGCCAAGGUCCCUCAAACAUUUAGCCAGAUGUGCUAUUCGGAAAUGAUUGCUCUACAAAUGUCACCAAACAGUCCCUUUACUUUUCAUUCCAGUGACGCUAAAGAAUUAUUUGCUCUUAGAGCCAGAAGGAAUCAUAUACUAAUGCUUGUCAGAUAUAUUUCCUUGUAACCUUAUUCUGUAAUACUUAGGGAAGCAAUUCAAAUCAGGAUUUCUGUGAGCUGAAUGGGGAAGGAAAGGAACAGCAUAUCUAGGAAAAGGAAAUGGCUAGCUUGCAGAACUCGUGAACAUAAACCCUAUGUACUGCAUCAUUUUGUUGAAGAUCUUAAUUGCUCCGUCUGGCUAUUCUUUCUUUCUGAGAAUUGUGAACUGUCAAAUUGUUACUUUUAAGAAACAUUCUGCUUAUUUUAAUGAAUUUUUAACUUCAGGGAUACUGCAUUGUCUUCUAUUAUGAAAUAAGAGGCUUAUAGUUUAGUGGCACCAUUUAACCUUACCAAGGAUAUGAUCAGAUGAGCAUUUAGUCCACUGUUUGGUCUGCUCUGGGGAUGGGUUGGUUCUCUCCUUUUUCCAAUGAUCACACAAUAUAAUCGAAGGAGCAAACCAAAUAUUCCCAUAGAGCAUUCUUAGUUGUACCUUUCUGAGCUCCUGUCAGAGGCUUCUACUUUUUUGGUGUUGACA